UUCAAAAGAGAGUGCAUAUCAUUAUUAGAGAUGUCUUCAAUAACUCAAAUUUUCAUUUUGUUUCUCAUUUUCUCAGCUGCAUCAAUGGCGCCUCAAGCUAAAGCCGAUAGAUGCUCGAAAGAGUUGGAUCCAAAGUCUUGUGAUCUGCUAACAUGUCGCCAACAAUGUCCGAUUGCGUACCAGGGAAAACAUGCCAGUGGGUUUUGCAAAUUCAAUUCCGAAUCUCAACAGUACUCUUGUUUUUGUGCUUUUGAUUGCUGAAAUAAUCACUAGUGCUGUAUUGUUUUUAUGAGUAUCUU